AUGGCCUCCGCCAGAAGGGGCUCCGAUGGUGAAGCCGCGAUCGGAAAGGCUAUGAUCUGGUCUUCUCGAUCAAUUCGAGAAGCUCGAUUGGGCAAGGCCGUCGCCAGUGGGCUCUACAGAAACAGAUCGGCCUCCGACACGGAGGUCCCCCAGCACGGGCGGCCACUGAACGAAAAGUCUCGGCGGCACACGGUAGAUAUGCAGAAGCUCGCUUCAACCGUGCCAUCGUCUUCUCGCUCAGCGCAAACAGGGCGGAAGCAGAACAACCGGCCGAUUACCGCAGCUACUGCAGAGCGAGUCAUCUACAGGAUAAUGUGUAGUGUGCAUACUGCACAGGACCUCCAGGCCACUGCGAUGGUCAGCAAGGGAUUUUAUCGGACAUUCCAACGCAACGAAUCCAAGCUGGUGAGCCAUUUGAUGUUCAAGUCAUCGCGGGCUGCUUGGGAGCUUCGCCGAAGCACACUCGCCUUGCGAGGAUCGAACGAUUUCCUUUUGAAGGACUACCGGCGCGACUGCCGCACGUUGGACGCGUUGAAAGCCUUCAUUGUGGCGCAUUGUAGUGCUAACUGCAAGCCGACCACUCUCAUUGGUCUCCUUGGUGAGGACGAUGUCCGGGCGGUGCAGAUUAACGACGCAUUAUGGCGGAUAUGGACGUUCUGUUCUUUAUUCGGGAACACAGUCGGUCAAUCCAAGCCCUCGCAGACGGAGAUCGAUUGGCUUAAUGGCAGUAGAGCGGCUAGUAACAAGCAUCUGGGUGCUGGAUUUGCCAUCGGUAAUGGCAAGGGCCUUUCCAUUCGCGAACUCGAAGACAUGAACGAGAUGUGGCAGUGCUUGCAAGUGCUCGUCUCUGGAUUCCAUGGCAGAGAACAAGAGGCCAAGCGGUUCGGAGUCUUCGACAACUGGCACCUCCGGGAAACCACUACAGACUCUCAGCACCUACAUGAAUGGACUUCCUACCUUCUAGCCUUAGGCCCGCAGACUGUCUUGACAUUGUCGGGCCAUUCGUUCGACCAAGCGAAAAUGCUGGGGUUGACCAGCUGGCCUCUUCCGCCGGCCGGCCAAAGCCGAUCAUCAUUUCUGACGGCGGCGAUAGCACAGGUGUACCAAGAACGGAUCCUCGAAGAUGCCACUCGACGAGCGUCGCAAAUGUCGUUCCGCCAACCUGCACCAGCACGAGCACCAUCUCAUCGUCCAACCAGGUCGCUUGAUGAAAAGCAACUGGCGCCUAUGGUUCCGAGACACGCAGGCAAGCUGCAAACCCAGUCGCUUCGAAUCGACACUUCGGCCCAGAGGAGAAGACCUGUCUCUACGAUAGCUACGAAUGUGACGGGGAACGUCAGCUUAGGUAUCCGACCGGAUUGUGACCCCGCUAGCACUCGAAUGGAGAUUCGACCUGAUUGUGAUCCUGCGUGGAGGACAAGCCAGGCGCCUUCGAUUCUCCCAACUUCGCCUACCGUCGAUCCGACUGUCUACUACUCGCUUUCGACCACCGCGACAGCGAGCGCCAAGCUUGGAGCCACAUUAUUCCCGAUGGACUAUGCGAGUCCCGCCCCACGGGUGCCUUUUCCUGUUCCCGAACGAACCAUGGCUCCGGUGUCUGAAGUGGUAGACCCAGUGGACAAAGCGAUGAAUCUGCUAGUUGGUGAGCUGGGGUUUGCCGAGACGAGGGCGAGAAAGGCUCUAGCCAUGUGUGACACUGGUUCUGGGAUUGACUUGCAGAAAGCGAUCGAAUUACUGAAUGUUGACUCGAGAGAUCUGAAGCCAAAGAACGCUUUGCCCGUGGAAUUGCCAACGCCAGGAGGCCUUGCGAGCCCCGCCAAGGCACAGAUGUUACAGCCGCCGAAGGCAUAUUGCGACGGGUACUGCAAGCGCAGCUCAACUCUCUCCCACUCACGGAACCAAUCCACGGGAACAGCGGGUACAGCCACUGAUGACUCAGUCAGCCCAAUUUCCAUAUUCAACGAUGCCGAAUGGUCCGACACUAUUUCACCCCUUGCGGGCAGCUCGUUAUCGGGGUCUCGCAAGGGCACUAUGAAUCGGGUUUCGAGCAAGGCGAAGGCAUGGAAGGUUCUUGGUCUGGACAAUUCGCCCAAAGGGAAGAACUCGGUGCUGCGAAUCGACGAAUAUCAAGCCAAGGUCGAGAGGCGCAAAAGCAUGCGCGCUGCAGCCUUUGGCGGUGAGCACAGCCCAAAGAUCAAAGAAGGACUAGGGAAAAACUUGCUUAGUCUGGGUCUAGGGGUCGGAAGCAGUGCAGCAGCAAAGUCCGUGGAAGAGCAACUUGAUCGCGCCCGUGCAGAGGAGAGGCGAAAGAAAGAGAAGAACCAGGCAAGCUGCAUGCGUCGUUAUGCAUGA